AUGGGCACGGAGCGGGGCAGGCUGGGCAGCCUGACCGUGUUCAGCAAGGAGGAUUUUGAGGAUGAGUGGCUGCGAGUGGCCAGCGGGGGCUUUGGCCACGUGUACCAGGUGAAGCACAGGAGGUGGAGGACGGUCUAUGCCGUGAAGUGCUCCCCGUACCUGCUGCAGGACUCCAGCGUGGACAGGACCAGCAUGAACUGUCUAAUGGAGGAGGCCAGCAAGAUGGAGAAAAUCAAAUUCCAGCACAUUGUCACCAUCUACGGGGUGUGCAACAGCCCCCUGGGGAUAGUGAUGGAGUACAUGGCCAGGGGCUCCUUGGAGAGAAUCCUCCCCACCCACAGAAUGUCCUGGCAGCUGAAAUUCAGGGUGAUCCAUGAGAUGGGCUUGGCCAUGAAUUUCCUGCACAGCAUGAGCCCUCCCCUGCUGCACUUGGAUCUGAAGCCAGGGAAUGUCCUCCUGGAUGGGAACAUGCACGUCAAGAUCUCCGACUUUGGGCUGUCCAAGUGGAUGGAGCAGUCCAGCAGGAUGCAGUACAUCGAGAGCUCAGCUCUGAGGGGCACCCUGAGCUACAUCCCCCCCGAAAUGUUCCUGCAGAACAGCAAACCCCCGGGGAUCAAGUACGAUGUGUACAGCUUCGGCAUCGUCAUCUGGGAGGUGCUCAUGCAGAAAAAGCCUUACACAGGGGCCAACAUGAUGGCCAUCAUCGUGAAGGUGGCAGCGGGGAAGAGGCCAGGGCUGGAGCUCAUCAGGGACGACUGGCCCGGGGAGUGCCACCAGAUGGUGGACCUGAUGAAGAGGUGCUGGGACCAGGACCCCAAGCAAAGGCCCAGCUUUGCAGAUAUCCCUGUGGAGACAGACGUGCUGCUGGCUCUGAUCCAGAGCCUGGUGCAGGACCCGGAGAACGAGCGCCUGGUCAGGAAGAUGUCCCACAAACCGGCCCUCUCCAGGAGCCAGCAGGGUGACAAAGAGGAGUUCACCUUCCCUCGAGACACCAGAAGUGGGGGAAAGGACCCGCAGGAGGUUCCUCUCCCACCUCCACAGGGGGAGGCGGGCAGCCCCGAGGAGCUGUGCCCCGAGGAGCUGGGCAGGGUGCAGGAGAACGGCCUGACCCCGCUGCACCUGCUGGUGCUGCAGGGCCACGCGGCCAAGGUGCGCUCGCUGCUGGGCCGCGGGGCCGGCACCAACGCGGCGGCGGGCGGUGGCUGCACCCCGCUGCUGCUGGCCGUGCAGCGCCGGCUCCCCGACAUCUGCGCCCUCCUCAUCGAGCACGGCGCCGACGUGGACGCGGCCGACGAGGACGGCUGGAGCCCACUGCACUUCGCGGCCCAGCACGGCGACGACCGCACGGCGCGGCUGCUACUGGACCACCGGGCCCGCGCCGACGCCCAGGAGCGCGACGGGUGGACCCCGCUGCACCUGGCGGCCCAGAACAACUUUGAGAACGUGGCGCGGGUGCUGCUGUCCCGCCAGGCCGACCCCAACGCGCAGGAGGUGGACGGCAAGACCGCCCUGCACGUGGCCGCGGGCUUCGGGCACGUCGGCCUGGUCAAGCUGCUGGCCAGCCAGGGGGCCGACCUGGAGAGGAAGCAGAAGAACCUCAGGACGCCGCUGCACGUGGCCGUGGAGAGGGGCAAGUUCAGGGUGGUGCAGUACCUGCUGAAGAACGGCAUCUCCGUCAACAGCCUGGACCAGAACCACUACAGCGCCCUGCACCUGGCCGUGGCCAGGGGCAAGUACCUGAUCUGUGAGAAACUCAUCAAGUACGGGGCCAACGUGGAGCUGAGGACGGACAAAGGCUGGACCCCCCUGCACCUGGCCUCCUUCAAGGGGCACAUCGAGAUCAUCCGGCUGCUGAAGGGCAGCCGCGCCCGGCUGGACGCCAAGGGCGGCAUGGACUGGACGCCGCUGCACCUGGCCACGCGCUACGGGGACGAGCCCGUGGUCAGCGAGCUGCUGCGCUGCGGGGCCGACCCCAACACGGCCGAGAGGUCCCGCUGGGCCCCCCUGCACUUCGCCGUGCUCAGGGGCUCCUUCCUCAGCGUCAUCAACCUCCUGGAGUGCCGGGCCGACGUCAACGCCAGGAACAAGGUGGGCCGGACCCCGCUGCACCUGGCCGUGCUCAAGGGCAACAUGGCCAUCGUCAAGACCCUGCUGAAGGCGGGGGCCCUGCUGGACGUGGAGGACAUCACGGGGUGCACGGCCCUGCAGCUGGCCGUGAGGCACCAGCGGGAGAACAUCAUCACCCUGCUCCAGGGCAAGGAGGGGAGCAAAGCUGGCAACAGGACUCUGAACGAGGUGAAGAUCCCCAGGCUUAUCCCAGGAAGGACAGAUCUGUAA